AUGGACGGAAAUGGUAGUAUGAAUUUGAGGAAUUGGGGGUUUCUUGAGAGGGCAACCGCCCCACUCAAAAGCCAUUUGGGCCUCCAGCUAAUGUCAUCAAUGGCUGAAAGGCCUCUUUUUGGUGGUGAUGUUCAUGAUCAACACCGAGUCCCGCCCUCCGGUGUCAUGGCUUCUAUCAAUGGCGGGCCGUACCAUCACCAUCGCGUUGGUGGCUUUUCUGAGUCCCACAUUCCCGUUGACUAUACAAGGGAGAAUUGGAUGAAUCACGGCAGAGAAAAGUAUGUCAAUAACUUGCCCGUGAACCAACACCAUGGCUAUUAUCAACUGAAUUAUGGACUUUCACCCGAGACUUCAUCAGCUCAUUCCAUCCAAAUGCCCCAGCAAAUUAAUAUAACAAAAAAUGUAAAUGUCAUACCUCAGAUGGAGGAGGUAAGUACGGAGGGAGAUAACGGUGGCGGUGGUGUUGCUCUUGCUAAGAAGAGGGGAGGUGGGAAAGUGCCAAAGUCUCCUGCCAAAGAGAAAAAACCUAGGAUUAGAGCUCCUAGGGCUCCUAGAGAAGAGUCUAGCCCUGCGGUUCAGCGGUCGAGGGCUCCCAAGAAACGGGCAGAAGUUGUGAUCAAUGGAAUCAAUAUGGAUAUUUCUGGAAUUCCUAUACCAGUUUGCUCGUGCACUGGGACUCCACAGCAGUGUUAUAGGUGGGGCUCUGGUGGGUGGCAAUCUGCAUGCUGUACUACUGGAAUGUCUCUUUAUCCCUUGCCUAUGAGUACUAAGCGUCGUGGUGCAAGGAUAGCAGGGCGUAAGAUGAGUAUUGGUGCAUUUAAGAAGGUCUUGGAGAAACUUGCUUCAGAAGAUUAUAAUUUCUCUAACCCGAUUGAUCUGAAGAGUUACUGGGCGAAACAUGGUACAAAUAAGUUUGUUACAAUCCGGGCCUGGCCCGUAGCAGAGGCUUCUCGGGUAGUUUCUAACUGGUGGAUUUCCCUAUUGAGUCAGCUUAUGCCUGGUGAACAAAAAGCAGAGCUCCGGAGGCUUCUUCUUAAAUGUGCUGUUCAAACUCCGGAAGUAAGAUUUGUAAACACUGUUGCUUCAAGGAAAUACUGGUAUUAA